UUGGCAGCCAUGAUGUCCUCUCAGGAUGGAGUCCAGGUGCAGUGCAGUAUGACUGUGGAACAGCUCGACUGCUCUGGACAGACCACACGCAGACAGGUCAUGCGAAAAGCCUCCAUCAUUUUAGGUCGCAAUGAGUUCGAAGAGCUCAUACUCCGACUCCACGACGGAAAAGUCCCUCAGAGCUACAGCGUCAAAGAGUUUAAACUGUUCACCAAAUUUGCCCGGGAAGGCAAGUGUACAAUCCGCCUCCUCCCGUCCAACACCCAGAUCCUUUUGUCCAAUUGUCCUCCAGACCAGCUCAGCGCCUUUCUGAAAACUUUGAGCAUAAAGCACCGGACGGGACAGGGGACCAAACAGAUAAGCCACCGUGAGAAACUCAAAGCUGGGCUGCCCAGGAGCUUUGAAGCCAUCAGCCCCCUCCAGCAGAAAGACAUCCAGAAGGUGAAUGAGCUGAGGGCCAAGACUAACCCAAGUGCAGGGCUCUCUGAUCGGACUAACAGAACCAGCACCACGACCGGGAAGCAGGUGAAGAGGACCAGAGCUGACUGCAACUUUAGUCCAGUGAAGGCUAACCCCUCUAAGAAGCCCAUCCUGUCGCUGCCCUCGUGUAAGCUGAACAAGGAGCAGGCGGCGGUCCUCAGUGCUGUGCUGAGCAGGAAGAACGUCUUCUUCACUGGGAGCGCAGGCACAGGGAAGUCGUUCUUACUGAAGAGGAUCAUCGGCUCUUUGCCUCCUAAAAGCACGUAUGCCACAGCCAGCACAGGGGUGGCCGCCUGUCACAUCGGAGGCACCACCCUGCACAGCUUUGCAGGAAUCGGCUCUGGCUCAGCUCCUCUGGACCAGUGCAUUGAGUUGGCUCAGAGGCCCGGCGUGUUACAACACUGGACCAGCUGUAAGCACCUCAUUAUCGACGAGGUCUCGAUGGUGGAGGGGCAAUACUUCGACAAGCUCGAGUCUGUGGCCAGGUCGGUGCGCAGGUCCACAGAGCCGUUCGGAGGGAUCCAGCUCAUCAUGUGUGGGGACUUUCUGCAACUGCCUCCUGUGUCAAAAGGGAAGGACAAAGCCAACUUCUGCUUCCAGUCUAGGAGCUGGCGUAAAGUGAUCCAGGUGAACAUGGAGCUGACAGAGGUGCGGCGCCAAACGGACCAGAGCUUCAUUUCCCUGCUGCAGUCCGUGAGGGUGGGCAGAGUAACAGAGGAAGUGACCUCCAGGCUCCUGCACAGCGCCUCUCACAGCAUCGAGCGGGAUGGCAUCCUGGCCACACGCCUCUGCACCCACAAGGACGACGUGGAGCUCACCAACCAGAACAAGCUCCAGCAACUGCCAGGAGCUGCCCGUGUGUUUGAGGCUCUGGACAGUGACCCUGCUCUGGAGAAGACCAUCGACGUACACAGUCCAGUGAGCAGCGUUCUACAGCUCAAAGUGGGAGCUCAGGUGAUGCUGACCAAGAAUCUGGAUGUGGCCCGAGGACUGGUGAACGGAGCCAGAGGGGUGGUCGUGUCCUUUGAUACUCAAAAACAUGGUUACCCGCGGGUGCGCUUCUUGUGUGGGGUGACAGAGGUGAUGAAGCCGGAGCGCUGGGUUUUCAAGUCUGGAGGAGGGAUCCACCUGAGCCGCCAGCAGCUGCCCCUCAAACUGGCCUGGGCCAUUUCCAUCCACAAGAGCCAGGGCAUGACGCUGGACUGUGUGGAGAUCUCUCUGGCACGCGUGUUCGAGAGUGGCCAGGCGUACGUGGCUCUGUCGCGGGCCCGCAGUCUGGAGGGGCUCAGGGUCAUGGACUUUGACCCCAGCGUGGUGAGGGCCGAUCCAGAAGUGCUCCAGUUCUACAGGAGGAUGAGGAAGGAGAGGCUACUCAUGCAGGCCUCCAUGGAGGACUUUAUGGCUCAGAACAAGGAAAACCGGUUUUGAUGGAGCGUCUCAUCCUUUCACCCAAUGCACUAUCUGCACUGUCCCUGGACACGAGGCAACACUGCCCCCUACUGGCUGCUAUGUUUUUAUUUUGGGACCUUUUUUAUCAUGUCUUUUUAUUUUUUAUGUCAAGCUAACUUAUGAUCAUAUAUUAUGUACAUAUACAAAUAAAUGUUUAGGUGAUAUCUUAGGGGGGUUUUCUUCAAAUCUUUUAAUUAAUCUGACUACACAUGAUUACACUUCAUCUUAUUUUACAUAAUUAAAAAUGAAUGCAG